AUGUUUAUCAAAAAAUAAAUAAAUAAUGCAACAACAUGGCAAGUCAUCAUUCAAUCCUUUUGGAUCGAUGUGCAUUGGCAGAGGUUUUGUAAGAAGAAGUUGUUUCUCAAUUCAGCUCCUUUUAAUAUGAUCUUAUGUGUAGAAAUUAUUUAAGGGGUAUCGAUAUUUAAUAUUUCUAAGGUUUUUUGUUUUUCUUUUAUUUAUUUUAUGAUUUCUCAUUCAAGUUUAGCAUCACCUUCUUAUUUAGAUUACGACGAAAAUAAAGUGCGUCAAGGAGGUGAAAAAUAUGCUAUCAAAGCACAAAGAUAUUACGAUCAAUACUUGGAACGUAUUGAUGUCAAUAAUGCUGAAAAACUGAGAAAACUUCUAAUCAAAUCUGCUUUGAAAGGGAAAUAUGAGGCUUAAAGUCAUCUCGCAUUUUUAGUUAAGAAUGCUGAUGAAUUAGCAGGAUGGACUUUGAUUGCGGCACGUCAUAAUGCUGAGUCUAAGGAAGCAGAUGUUAUAAGAAAAUUUUGCCCCAAUUCUCUUCAUCCAUCUUGCAGCCUGAGAAGAGCUCACAAGAAAUGGAAAAGAAGCCUCAAUAAAAUAAUGUCAAAUCAGAAAAGCUAUUUUGCUGUUAGAAAAUCAUAAAUGAAUAUUUAUUGCACUUCAUGA